AUUGUGAGGAAGUUCGUUCGGACCUUCAUUUCGAAUCCAGACUUCGUUACCAAGCCCAAGGCCGACCCUACAGACACGUCGAGAAGGAGGCACUUUAGUGACCCUGCCACAGGGAUGUGGCUCGAGCGUGCCCACGAGCGAAUUGCGGUGAAGGCGUAUUUCUGUCUAUUUGCGUUCGUUGGAGAUUCCCCAGAGAGAAGCAGGGCAUCGGCGACAAUGCAGCAGAACUCGCACCGGCCAUGCUCGAAUUGCUACGUUAGAGACUCGCAUCUGAGGGAUCUGGAUUUUGUGGUGGGGGCACGGACGGUGAAGGAGCACAGGUUCAUUGUUCGCAAGAUCCUUGAGGCACCAACCACGCGGCUCGCCAAAGAGAGGAAGAAACGGUGGUCAACACAUCCGAUUGAGUGUGUGCUGGAGCGAUGGAACUUCUCGGAGACGGAUUGGGGGAACGUUUACCUGGCGUGCGUCGCCGACAUUCUCCACGUGCUCGAUUCAGGCGUCCCCUCCCACAUGGCUGAUUGUUUCUUGGAGGGGAAGACCAAGCCCGAACUGAGGGAGCUUGAACGGCGAAAGAAGGAGUAUAAGAAGGACACGCCAAGUGUGAUUCUGCGUAUCCCCGGGGGGUCGUCUUUCUUCCGGACAGGGGCUAACUACGCUGCAUUCGAGUACCGGGCAAUGAUGCAGGUGAUGCCGAUGCUCAUUGCGGACAGGUGUGUGGGUUGUGACACGGAGGGACGUCUCAAAAGAGAGAGGGAGGUGUUGGCGUUUCGGCUGUACGCUGAGUUUUACAAGACGCUGCUGGGAGUGCAACGGCACACCCUGGGGUCGCUGGAAGAGGUGAAGAAACAAGCCGUACAGCUGGUGGAGGCGCUGAUCGCGGCAUUUCCCAACCAGAGCUCGGAGUGGCAGCUGCCGAAGAUCCACUCGAUCGUGCACAACAUCGAUACCAUCCCUCUCCGAGGCAUGCCCCACCACUACUCGACCGAGUUGUGGGAGAGGACGCACAAGGGCACUGUGAAAGGGCCGGUCCGGGGCGGGAACUGGAAGGAUAUCCCUCGGCGGAUCGUGGCGGAGGACAUGCAGCGGGAGAUAGCUCGUGAAAUCGCUGCCAAUGCUGGCGGAGGGCGAGAGUACGUCACGGCACUACGCGAGGCGGUCCGGCACCAGGAGUACCGUCUGACCAAGCGUGGCAAGCCUAUGACACCGACCGUGGCGGAUGAUGGGCUGUUCCAGGAGUACCGCGAGGUAGUGGGUCCGGACAUGGAUGGGCUUGUGGGCCGUAUUCGGGCCGCCGGCGUUGAUCCCUCAUGCAUCUCGGUCCACACGGCGGUGGCGAUUCCACGAUCGCGUGGUGGAGAGCUGGUGGAAAAGGCGGCGUUUGUGAAGGCCAGCCCUCGUGAAAAUUGGUUCUCGGAUGUGGCGAUCAUGGCUUCACGGCGGGAGUGGUAUGCGCGCACGCUGCUGAUAUUCAGAGGGCGGAAGGCGGAGGGGGGUAUGGGCGACUUUGCCUUUGUGAAGUUCUACGAGGUCGCUGGCGAGUGCCCAUACACCACCUGCAAGGAACUGCGACCUGGGUGGUCACCUCUCACCCAUGGGGUUAUUGAGCUGAGCAGCAUCAAGAGGCUGGUGCACGUGUGCAAGUCAUUCACCAACCCCAAAGUUCUCCUCCUCAACAAGUUCAUGCUGUGCGAGUAG